GAUUCGUCGUGUGGGCGGGGCCGCAGCAUCUCAACCGGAACUGUUUUUCAGAGGAGAGAAGCUUUGUGUAAAGAUCCUCUUCACCGCCUUUACCUCUGUGUUUAAAGGAUGUCUCGUGCACGCCAGCCUCCUUUGGUGACUGGCAUCUCACCCAACGAGGGCGCGCCGUGGACCAAAGUCACUAUUCGUGGAGAGAACCUGGGCACUGGACCCAAUGAUCUCAUAGGUCUGUCUAUCUGUGGUCAUAACUGUUUGCUGACAGCAGAAUGGAUGUCUGCUAGUAAGAUAGUGUGUCGAGUGGGUCCUGCUAAAGAUGACAAGGGUGAGAUCAUUGUCACCACCAGGAGCGGAGGCCAAGGGACAUCCACAGUCUCCUUCAAACUGCUCAAACCCGAGAGGAUCGGCAUUCUGGAUCAAUCUGCGGUCUGGCUUGAUGAGUUGAAUUACUAUGACAUGAGGACCGAUCGCAACAAAGGAAUCUCUCCUCUCUCGUUGAGGCCGGCCAACCCUUUGGGCAUCGAAAUAGACAAAGGGAAGGUUCCUCUGAAGGAUCUGGAGAACAUGUUCCCUAGUAUGAGUGGAGACUUCACUAGUGAGAAUUUCUCUGCCACCUGGUAUCUCAUUGAGAACCAUUCUUCAACCAGCUUUGAACAACUGCGUGCGGCUGUGGGAAAUCUUAAGAAACAGGCCAGUAAGAAGAAUGAGGGCAGUCUGGCCUACGUGAAAGGAGGUCUCAGCACUUUCUUUGAGGCUCAGGAUGCUCUUGCAGCUAUCCAUCAGAAGCUUGAAUCGGACGGCACUGAGAAGGUGGAAGGCUCUAUGACCCAGAGACUAGAGAACGUCCUUAACAGAGCAAGUGAAACUGCUGACACCCUGUUUCAAGAAGUGUUGGGCAGAAAGGACAAGGCCGACUCCACACGCAAUGCUCUCAAUGUCCUCCAGAGAUUCAAAUUUCUGUUUAACCUGCCACUCAACAUUGAGCGCAACAUCCAGAAGGGCGAUUACGACGUUGUUAUAAAUGAUUAUGAGAAAGCCAAAUCUCUGUUUGGGAACACAGAAGUCCCUGUCUUUAAGAAAGUGUAUUCAGAGGUGGAGACGCGGAUAGAAGCCCUGAGGAAACUGCUUUUGGAUAAACUUCUGGAGACGCCAUCCACUCUACAUGAUCAGAAACGCUAUAUCAGAUACCUGUCGGAUCUACAUGCUCCAGGUGACCCAGCAUGGCAAUGUAUAGUCGCUCAACACAAGUGGAUCCUGCAGCUAAUGCAAAACUGUAAAGAAGAUUUGGUCAAAGAGCAGAAAGUGGGUGGUGUGGGUUUAGAGCUGGAUCGCUCCUCAGCUCUGAACAGGAUCAGCCUCUCAGCUCCAGUGAAGAGAGGAGGCAGCUUCCAGACACCUAAAGAUGACUCGUGGCACUAUAAGAGCCCUCAGCAGGUGAGGUUUGUGGAGAAGCUCUCAGACGUGGUCAUCAGCCAGCUGCCCAACUUCUGGAAACUGUGGAUCUCUUACGUCAACGGCAGCCUGUUCAGUGAGACGGGAGAGAAAUCUGGUCAGGUGGAGAAGUUAAAGAAGAACGCCCGGCAAAGACAGAAUGACUUUAAGGUGAACAUCUCGGUUACUCAUGAAGCUCUGUCAGCUUUAGAGAUUCCUAAUGACUUGCUGCAGGUGAUUCAGGAUUUACUUCAGGACCUGCGUGUGCACUGCCUGCUGACCACACUACAGCACACUGAAGAGGACGUUAAGAGACUUGCAGAAAAAGAAGACUGGGUUGUGGACAAUGAAGGAAUCACGUCACUGCCGGCCCAGUUUGAGCAGUGUAUGGUUCAGAUGCUGCAGUCUCUGAAGGAGCCCAUGGAAUGUAAACCUGGAGAGAUCAAUAUCUUUAAUCUGGAUGUGGUUCAAGACAAAUCUUGUGAGCAGUGUGUUUCUAUCAUGAAGGUCUUUAUUAAGUGCCUUGAGCAUCUCAGCACCAAGACUGAUGGAGAAAUUGGCACCUCUCAUUUGUCUGUGGACUUGGCCUCGCCUGACUUCGGUUCAAAACCAGAGCAACGUCUCCUCAUCAUCCUCAGUAACUGUCAGUAUCUGGAGAGACACACGUUUCUCAAUCUGGCUGAGCACCUGGAGAAGAACGGCUUUACCACUGCAGAGAAGAUCAUCAGGGUCAGCAUAGAGGCAUUAAGACAGCUGGAUGAAUAUCUGUUUGAGACGUACAUCGAGAAAAAAUCUGAUCCUAUCGUCGGCUCUCUGGAGUCUGGCAUCUAUGCCGGAUACUUUGACUGGAAAGACUGCCUGCCACCUACAGGUGUGAGGAGUUACUUGAAGGAGGCUUUGGUCAGCAUUAUCUCUGUUCAUGCUGAGGUUUUCACAGUUUCCAAGGAGCUGGUUUCUCGUGUUUUAUCAAAGAUCAUUGAGGCUGUAGCUGAAGAAAUGAGCCGUCUGAUGCAGUGUGUGUCCUCCUUUAGUAAAAACGGUGCACUGCAGGCACGUCUGGAAAUCUGUGCGCUGCGAGACGCCAUAGAGCUGUACCUCACAUCAGAGAGUCUCACUAGUUUUAAGCAGGCAUUGGAAGCUCUACCACAGCUACAGAGUGGAGCUGACAAGAAACUCUUGGAGGAGCUACUGAAUAAGUUUAAGAGUAGUAUGAAGCUACAGCUUAAUUGCUUCAAGCCUGCCUCUUUUCAGCCUGUGAAGCGAUAAGCCUUCACAAAUCCCCAACAUUUCAACAGCGCCUCUGAGUUGUAACACUAAGACACCAUUUCAGUUUUAAAAACCAUUCAAAAGUCAAUUUAGUGCCACUAAUAUACCAUUUUCUACUUGCUGAAUUACACUUGUUUUCUUGUGAGCAUGUAGUGGCCUGUUGAUAAUUAACAUGCUCAUUAAUCUGAAAAGUUGCACUGCCUCUUUGUCCAGAUGCAGAUUAAAAGCCUAAAUAAAAUUGUGCUCUUGCGCAGUGGGUUUUCUGCAAAUGUUAAUGUGCAAGACAGUUGCUAGAGUAAUUGCAAGAUAUAUGUUUUUGUGAGUGUGAGAGUGAGUUUUCCUCUUAGUUAGUAGAGGAAACUGUUGAGUUCUGAAAUGACUCUUUUUAUCAAGAGAGUCGUUUUGUGUUGAAGUCUAUUAUGACCACACGUCAGCGAUUCAUGCACACACCCUGUCUAGUGUCAGACAGAAAGAUGCACACCCUGCCCCUCCUCGGCAAUGCGGGGGUAAUUUUACCUGUCCCAGGAGGAAGUGUUCAGUAUUGGGAGGUGUCCUUUACUGUAAACUGCUAUUAAAUGCUGUGUAACCCAGCAUUGGCAUGUGGUUUAGGAGUUUACUAUAUAACUGACUAGAAAACAAGAUGAGUUGAAAGUUCUCGCAGGCUGCCAACAUGCCAUCAGAAACUCUCCACAAUGAUCUGAAUAUUUGUUUCUACUUUUGUCUCAUCAUAACUCAUUCCGUUAUUUUCCCAACACUCAGUGUUGUUUGUUGAUAUCUAUUCUUCUAAAUUUAGAACGCUUGACACCCACUCAUUUAAGGGAAGCAAUUUGACAGAACAGCGUCAAAGCCUCGUGCGGCACCAGGUGAAAGAGUGGGUGUAUUGAUCUCAGGCUGUACAGCUUAAGGGAAGUUUUUAAUGAUUGCACCUUUCCGCUCUGUAGGCAGCGGAAAAUGAUCCAAAACAUGUUUAUGUGCUAAUGUGGAGCCGUGAGUCCAUAAACAGUGGAAAACUCGAAGAAGUUUUGUUUAUGUAAAACAUCUCGAAAGUUUCUCAGGAUGUCCCAUGCAUCCCAAAGCUAACAAUCCCGUACUAUAGCAUAGUUUCAAGACCUUUUGACCUAAUUAGUUACUUUUCAAAGAAAAUCAGAAUUUUACGUCGUACACAACAUAGUUCAUUAUAGCUUUCAGGGCAACAAAACAACAACCAAUGAGACAUUCUGGCUGUUUUCAUUGAGAAGAAAGAAUAAAUAAUACUUCUGUCAGUCUGCCUCUUCCUCUGUGAUGUCACCAAGUUAAGACUGCCCGCACCAUCCUGUCUCCAAACCACAAACACCAUCCUGUGUGUGUGCUGUCAUUCGCUUACACACACCAUCUUAUAUUCUCUGCAGAUAACAUAUUGCUUCUGUUCAAGGUAAACGAGGGCUUGUCGUCCCACCAGAUCCACACACGUUCGUGGGGAUUCCAGUGUUUAUAGUGGGGGCUAAAAGUAUUCCCCUCUUGCAUUUUACAAAGGCUUAGCUUAGUUAACCACAGUCAGCCCACCAUUGAUGGAGAGACUCCACUUCUGUCGUUUUAGAGAUAGUUCUCUCCAGUAGAAGUGAAAAUUAACUUCAAAGCAAAAUUAGUGGAAAGAGAGUAAAGGAGCGCUAUAAUUUUGAGAUUGACUACUAUUCAAAAGUUCAGGGUAGCUAAGAUUUUUUCAUGUAUUUGAAAGAAGUC